GUGUCGCGUUGGCCGCGGGGGGGGGGGGGGGGGGGAAGGGGCCCCGCGCAUGCGCAGCGCCGCCGGACCGGGGAGCUCGGGGGGGGGGGGUCGCCGCCGCCGCCGCCGCCAUGACCAACGUGUACUCGCUGGACGGGCUGCUGGUGUUCGGGCUGCUCCUGGUCUGCACCUGCGCCUACCUGCGGAAGGUGCCGCGGCUCAAGGCCUGGCUGCUCUCCGAGAAGCGCGGUGUCUGGGGCGUCUUCUACAAGGCUGCCGUCAUCGGCACCCGCCUGCACGUAGCCGUGGCCGUCUCCUGCGUCCUCAUGGCUUUCUACGUCCUGGUGGUGAAGUGACCCCGCGGGGACCCGCCGGGAGCGGCGACGACGACGACCAGAGACCCCGGUACCGACCCCAGCCGCCCCGUCGCCAGCCUGGACCCUGCCUGCGGUGACUCUGGGGAGCCGCCAUGGCCCGGCACCCUGCUUAAACCCGCCUCGUACCCCUUGGCGGGGCUGAGCAGCGACGGGUGCCACCGAGCUGCCUUUAAGCUGUUGGAACGGGAGUUCCCGGGCAGGCGAGGGGCUCGGAGUGCCAGCCCCUCGGUGAGAGAGAAGAUCCGGCCGUGCUCUGUGAGCACCUUCUCCCAACGCCGAACGCUGUGUCCUGGCAGGACUGUGGCCCGCCACGGCUCAUGGGGGAUGGUGCGGCCCCCCCCCCCGCAGAGACUGGGGGGCUGAGGGGGGCGGGCAGGGCCCCUCCUCACCUCACCAGUGGGAUUUCCCCACUCCCCUGGAGGGGAGCGCAUGGGGUUCCUCCGUGGGGGUGUCCCCCCUGUAGCUGCGAGGUGUGUAACCCCCCCACCCCCGGUUUGUAAAUGCUGGACCAUGACGUGCAAAUAAAGUGGGGGUUCCCUUG